AUGGAUUCUUUCGUUAGAGGUCUUUUGAACGUGAUUCUUGUUCUUCUUCCAACCCUCACCAGACCAGGAACACUUCCUCAUCCGUUCUCUGUUGAUAUCGCCACCGCCAAGGAUUCACCGAAUCCACCUCUUCAUCCCUUCUUUCUAUUAAUUUCUUCAUCUCUUUGCUCUUUCUACUACGGUCGCUUCAAUGCCUGCGAUGGAUUUGGUGACGCCGCUGGAAUCGGUCAUGUGGACGUGCCGAUGUGGAGGCGAUGCAGGGCAGUGGCUUCUGUGCAACGGAGGUCAUUAGGGCUUUAUGGUUCCUUCCGCUACGACGACACCUUCAUCGUUUCCUCCAAUUAUCGCCAUCAGGUUAAGCUUUCACAUAAGCUUUCAAUAACGUUAUUUCUUCGUGUCCUCUUCAUUUAUCAGUCACCACCGCACACCAACUGAACCUUGCUGCAACUGUGUUACUGUGAUGUCGUGUGCUGGAAAACGACGGUUGCUUUCUCUUAUUCAUCACUCAUAUGACAAAAAUGUUGUUGGCAGGUUCGAAGAUGCACACCAACCACUUGAUGAAAUGACUGAAAGAAUCGAUUGUUGGGUUCCUCACCACCAUGAGAAAUUGAAACAAACUUCAACCGACAAAUGGUUGCAACAUUCGCUAAGAUUUCCAACUCAGAGAUCUCUUCAAACAUAAGUUGGUAGUUGGUUUCUUGAAAUGGGAGAUUUGAAGACCAUUGAUUCAAGUUUAUAGCGAUUUGAAGUCAAACAGCUAUGUUUCUUUUUGAAUCUCAGAUGAUGUCCGUCGCCUGUUUAUCUGAUCGUCAAAGAAUAGAGAUGAUGUCUGCAACUUGAGUAUCUAUAUAGCCUAAUAUUUUCUAAUUUGAUGAUUGUCCCUUAAUAUUUUUUAAUCUUAUGGUUUGUUGAUUUCAGUUAUGGGAUUUAAUCGAUUCUGGUGUUCACAUACUUUCGCAACUUAUAUAUUUUGGAUGAAUUUAAGUGAAAGCAGACCAAUAUUCAGCCACAAGAUUCAGUGAUAGUUUUAUGAGUUCCCCAAAUACACCAACGUUUCACCUAAACUGUUUGACAAACUCAAGUGAAAAAAAUGUCUUAUCAAGACAUAAAUAAUUACAUGGAGGGCAUGGUGACGGAUUUCGCAUUGGCAAAGGAGAAUCAUAGUCAGUUUAAUGACCACCAUUCCGGGGCCAAAGAAACAAGAAAGAGAAGUUGGAGGGGUAAAAAUAGAGCUAAUAUAAACCAUCUGUUGCUAAUGUAGUUGUUGCUAUGUAACUGAUAUGAACAUCCCUCGUACUAGACUGGACCAACAUCCAAACCUGAUUUAAGAAAAAAUAAAAUGCAUGAUUCCCAUC